UUCCUCCUCCUGGUUUCGAUGCGGGAAUCUUUACAAGCUAGGUAGCUGUCUAGCUGCUAACGCGCCCCGUCAGUUGUUUUGGUAGUUUUAAUUGUACAAUGUCAUUUAAAAACGUAUUAGGGCAAACAAAACUCUGACUGCAUUGUUGAAAUAAUCUUGUUUUAUAUACUGUUAACAAUUUGCCGUGCGGGACGUUGUGCGUUGGUUAGCUACUUGCUAGCAGUUUUAGCAGUAACUAUGGCAAGUGCCGCAAAUACAAACCUGAACGCAGUCCGGGAAACGAUGGAUGUCCUGCUUGAGAUCUCAAGGUUGCUGAACACCGGCUUGGACAUGGAGUCUCUGUCGAUCUGUGUGCGACUGUGUGAGCAAGGGAUUAACCCAGAAGCUCUGUCCGCAGUCAUCAAAGAGCUGCGUAAGGCUUCGGAGACCCUCAAGGUUUCUGAGAACUGCACAAACUGAGGAUGAAAAUAAAGAUCUCAUCACCCAACAUUGGGAUUAUGGACUGUUCCCGACUCUGAGGUUGAUUUGUUUUGGCACAUUGUCAUUUCCUCCGAUUCUGCACUUUGAUGUUUGGAGUUUUUUGUAUAAAGAGGCACCAGCCUCAGUCUGCUGUGUUACUGGGCCUCUGCUGAAAUGAGAUCAUCUGUCUCUCAAACGAUCUGUGAUGCGUCACAGUUGGCAGGAACACCCAUCCGUGAUUCAAGAAAAAACACAUUUACCAUAAACUUGUGUUGCAGUUUUCAUGUGCAAAUUUUCACUUAAUUUUUUCACAUGUGUAUGAAUAUUCAUGUAUUGUUAGAUGUUGUACUUGUAUAUUUCUUUCACUGAAACAAUAUUCUUUCAACAUUUUCAAUACUUGUGAUGAGUAAAAUAAAUUUAAAAAACCCUAUAACA